UAAGCAUCGGUGGCGCAAUAUCAGCUUGUGCCGUGACCAGACAACGGAAAUGAUAGUACGGCGCUUGGUCGGGCACCGAAUUGAGGUCAGGGCUGAUUGCCCUGAGCCUUGGUCGAUGAUGAUCAGCGCUCACGGCGGUAAACCGGUGCCAGUACUUCAUUUAUGCAAUGGAUGGAGCCGCGGCGAAGCUGAUCCAGCUGCGGCAUCUUGAUUGAUGCCAUUGAUGAUUCCUGAAACACUGGCACUUUGACUUUCAUAGGCCUAUCAUUAUGAUCGCUGGGUCACAAUUCAAACAGGUGCACUCGGUGCUCAGAUCCUAACUUGCACUUCAAACGAGGUCCACUGAAUCAUGCCCAGCACUAGUGACCACGAUGUCCCUCAUGCAUUGGAACCCGUUGACACAGAAAAGCCUCCCCCGCCUCCCCCACCCUUCGUAGAAGGGGGUCUCCGAGGGUAUAUGACUAUAUUUGGCGCAUUUUUUGCUUUGUUCGCCGCCUUCGGUCAAUCCAUGGCAUUUGGAAGCUUUCAACUCUGGUAUUCACAAAACCAGCUUGUAGAGUAUACCGCGUCCGAUAUUUCGUGGAUCGGCUCGGUUCAGCUUUGGGUCUUCUUCGUUUCAGGGGGUGUUGUUGGCAGGCUCUUCGACGCAUACGGACCAACAUGGCUACUCGCUUCGGGAACCAUCAUCCUAACAUUUUCUCUCAUGAUGACAUCCCUAGCUACAAAGUAUUACGAGUUCAUUCUGGCCCAAGGGAUCGUCUUUGGUAUUGGAUUCGGACUUUUAUUCUUUCCAUCAAUGAGUGCUACCGCCACACAUUUUAUGAAGUAUCGAGCCACUGCUCUUGGUAUUGCUGUAGCUGGCAGUAGUGUAGGUGGAGUUGUUUUCCCCAUCAUGUUGCAACAACUCUUCGACAAAGUAGGCUUUGGCUGGGCAGUCCGCAUAUCCGCAUUUGUGUGUCUGGCAUGUGGCGUUAUAGCCACCGCCCUUGUGUCCAGUCGACUUCCAAAACGUAAACCAGGCCCAUGGAUCGAUGUGUCAUCUCUCAAGGAUGUUAAUUAUGCAAUUUUCGUGCUAGGAAGCGCUGUCACCUGCUUGGGUAUUUUCGUGCCGAUGUACUAUAUUGUACAGUACGCCCAAGAAUACCACAUCUCUCAGUCCCUCGCAUUCGGGGUCUUGUCGAUAAUGAACGCAGGCAGCGUGUUUGGCCGCAUUGCACCAUCAAUUAUGGCAGAUCGAAUUGGAAGAUUCAACACGUUGAUUCCGUCCACGGCUCUGAUGGGGAUUUUUACUCUCGCACUAUGGCUCCACGCACACGAUUUGGCAACCAUUACGACAUAUUCCGUUUUUUACGGAUUUUUUUCUGGAAGUUGGUUUGCAAUGCAGACAAGUUGCAUCGCCCAGAUAUCAAGAAUGGAUAAGAUUGGAGUCCGAAUGGGAAUGGCUUACAGCUUGGUUUCUUUCCCCGCCCUUGUUGGCGAACCAAUUGCUGGUGCGAUAUUGACUCGGGAUAAUGCAAGUUAUACGGGUAUGAUAGUUUUCACUGGAGUAUCUCUGCUUCUCGGCUCUCUCAUUACCCUGGUUGUCAAGUUAAGAAUCAACCGUAGUCUACUGGCGAAAGUAUAGGCAGCAAUAAACUGGCUAUCCUAGGCCAGUUCCGUACGUGAAUGUAAUACUACCUACAAUAGUCAAGAAGGAUAAGGCGCUAUUACUGUAGGUUACGAUUGAAAGACCAGUAUUAAUGUUUGUAUGUACAGCCAUUGAAUACACACUGGUUUUUGACUGUUCA